GCAACGGUCACACUAUUUAUAUGCUGACGUGCCGCAAACCGAAUUGUUUACGUGAAAAUUGAUAAUUUGAAAGGAUAAAUUAUCUCAAAAUGCUGGAUAUUCAGACACAUAUGGACUUUGCUGGUCAGGGAAAGGCGGAGCGUUGGUCCCGCUUUAUCAUCACAUUCUUCGGAGUCGUUGGACUGAUUUACGGAGCAUUUGUGCAGCAAUUUUCGCAAACGGUUUACAUUCUGGGAGCCGGAUUUGUGCUCUCCUCCUUGAUUACCAUUCCACCCUGGCCCUUGUACCGUCGCAACGCCCUGAAAUGGCAAAAGCCCAUCGAUACGGAUGCUAAGUCCUCCAGUUCCGAGUCCGGUGACGAGGGCAAGAAGAAGAAGAAGUAGUCUUAGCCAACAAUAACGUGUAUUUCUCACUAUCCAAUAUAAAUACUUAGAAAAACUAAA